GCUCAACUACUCUCGUUUUUCUUGUCUUUCGGAAUACUGUCAGGCUUACUCUAGCUUUUCGCUCUUUAUCCCUCCUUGAUACUACAGCCUGGAUUGAGCCAGGUUCGAUCCUGGCUUGUCAAAUUUCCUCGCCAUGUCGGCUGCGAUCUCUUCAGUCGUCAACCCCCAGAGCCAAAGUGCUCGUCAAUCGGCGCGCCAGACACGAACGAAUCCAUCGCGAACCUCCAAGACGCUUGGCCGCUCCUCGUUUGCCUACGGUCAUGGCUCGAUGAGUGAUGCCCCUCCGACGCCCACCGUUCCACACGGGUUUUAUCCUGCUCUCACCCAUUUCACCGACGCCAUCACGGCGCUUCCGCGAGAAUUCCGUCGUCAUAAUUCAUUGCUGAAAGAGGUGGAUGCGAAGGCAUGGGCUUUAGAAGAAAACCUUCUGCAGCUGCUCAAGGUCUCUUCGGAGACCCAGGCUGUGCAGCACCCUCCCAAUCCGGCGCCUAUUGUCGCGGGUGUGAUUCGCGACGAUAUUAUGCCUCAGAAUCCCUCACAACCACCCGAGUCGCCGGAAAGCAAAAAUCGUCGUCUCCUGUUUGAUCGCGUACGACACACCCUUUCGGACCUCAUGAUGACUGCGGAUGAGAAGAACCAUGUGAUUUCCAACGCCAACGACGAGCUAGAUCGUCAGGUCGCGCGUCUUGAUACAGUUUUCCCGUUUAUCGCGGGUGAAAUCAGUGAUGAGUCUCGUCUGGGUAGCCUCACCCACUGGGCCUACUCGAAUCGCAACACCGCUACAAAGACCACUACGAAUGAGCGCCCACGUCGUGAAGUAGCGGCAGCUAAAGAAUUGGCGGAGGCAGAAGCUUUCUCCCGGAGUGAGGCAAGACGGGAAGCAGUCCUGGCACGCAAGCAUCGCCGCGGCCACGCGGAUUCUGAGUUUGACGACACCCGUUCUAGUUCUCGCAGGGGACAUGGUAGCAAGGCGCGAGGUAGCGCUGCGACAGGGGAACAUGCUACGACAGAUAACACAGUCUCCGGUAGUACGGCGGCCACGAAACGUCGGAAGGUUGACCGGCCAACACCCGCAGAAUCUGGUACUCCAAUGGAACGAACGGCGAGUGGUGCCGGUAGCACUGCUGGAGGAGCCGGUUCUAAGGAUGCUCAAGAUCCCGCCAAGAAGAGAUCGCGAGCUCCUAAUUCAGGCACAGCCGCUGCACGCAAGAGGAACACCACUGGUAUUACCGCGGCCGAGUCUCCUAUAUUGGCACCAUCUCCCGUCAUUGGGACUUUCAAUGCGCCACGAAAGACGAGUCCUGUAUCUACUACUAGUCGACCACAAUCAUCUCGUGCACAACAAAAUGGCGCACAUUCGGGCAAUGGACGGAAUAGACCAUCGUCUGCCACGUCAAACCGUGUGACUGACAAUAAAGGCAUCGAAGGCAAGCCAAUUUCCAGGGAUACACCUCACAAUACGGAACCUGGUGUUCCUGGUGUUCUUGGUGGUGCCGGUGUGGACGCACAACGCAGAGAACCGGAGAGUGAAGUGGGAAAUGGCGCUUCGUCUAGAAUGCCAGUUCCAGGGACCAAGCGAGAAGACUCAGACAGGCCUGCCGAAUCAGUGGAAACAGGCGAGUCGCCAGCUCCGCCCCAGUCCAACUCCGGGUCCAAAGGUAGAUCCUCCAAAACAUCAACCCCUGUCCUCCAAUCCUACGAACCCGCACAACCACGCGUACGACCUACUCGAAGCACAAAUCCUGCACCAGCUACUUCCGCCAAACGGUCCCACAAGAAAAACGGGGGUGCACCAGUUAUGCCGCCUCCGCCGGAGGAGGAGGAAGAAGAAUCGAUGCACGAGGGCGACGACGAAGACGAAGAAGGCGAGCCGCGGUACUGUUACUGUAACGAAGUUAGUUUCGGAGAGAUGGUUGCGUGCGAUAAUGAUGCUUGUCCGCGGGAGUGGUUUCAUUUGUCGUGUGUUGGGAUGACCAAGCCACCUGGGAAGAAUGUCAAAUGGUACUGCAACGAGUGCAAGGAUAGCAUGCGGCGGAGUCGGAGCGGGAGGUAGUGGCUAUCAUAGGCAGGUACAAUAGACUGGUACUCUGUAGAUAAACUGAUUUAUGUACAUUUCGGAAUGUUAUAUGAAUAUUGCAGC